AUGUCGGCGACAAUGACACAGACCAGCACCAAAUGGUCGGUAGAGUACGACACUGUCCGCCGCCAUAAGCUCUUCAGAAACACGCCGAAAGAUCGCAGCGCCUUUCCUGCGCUUCAGGCCGCAGUGAAGCCGCAUAUUGAGUCCUUCAAUGCUCUAUGGGACGAAAACCUCAUUGAUGCCGGGCUCAAAGACAUUGGAAUCCACACAGUUGUCGAUGGCGAUCUGCGAAACCCGAGCCGUGCGAUUCAACGCAAUAAGCUUGACCUGAGAGUGACGGAACUCAUACUCGAGAAACCUACGCUCCCUCCAAGCAACAAAUUCAGCUUUGAAGACCGCAACAUAUACCCGUCCGAAUGCCGGGAGCGGCACACAACUUAUAGAGGAAGAUUAAGAGCCAGGUUACAGUACAGGUUGAACAAUGGCGAGUGGCAGGAAUCAAUACGGGAUCUUGGACAGAUGCCAAUCAUGUUACGGUCCAACAGGUGUCACCUCGAGAAGUUCUCGCCCGCACAGAUGGUACGCCACAAGGAAGAGUCUGAAGAGAUGGGCGGCUAUUUUAUUGUCAAUGGGAACGAAAAGCUCAUCCGCAUGCUGAUUGCGACAAGGAGGAACUAUCCCAUGGCCAUUUCAAGACCGGCGUUUGCUGCGAGAGGCCCUACCUUUUCGAAGCUCGCGAUCCAGAUUCGGUCUGUACGGCCAGAUCAGACUUCGCAUACCAAUGUCCUCCACUACCUGACGGAUGGGAACGUCACGUUCAGAUUCUCGUGGAGGAAGAACGAAUAUCUGGUUCCUGUGGUCAUGAUCCUCAAAGCUCUAGUGGACACAAACGACCAUGAGAUUGCCGAGGGCAUCAUCGGCGCGUCGUCCUCUAACAAAACACCCAGCUCCUUUGUCGCCGAUCGGACUGAGCUCCUCCUGCGGACAUACAAAGCAUACAAUCUCAAAACGAGGACACAGACACUGGCAUAUCUCGGAGAGAAAUUCCGACCGGUUCUGAUGCAGCCUAUCACCAUGUCUGAUGAGAAAGUAGGCGAGGAGUUUCUGAGGAAGAUUGUCCUACCACAUCUCGGCAACGUCGAUGUUACUCCCACUCAAAAUAACGACAAAUUCCAGCUGAUUCUGUUCAUGAUCAGAAAGCUGUACGCGCUUGCUGCAGGCGAUUGCGCUCUAGACAACCCCGACGCUGUUUCCAGUCAAGAGGUUCUGCUCGGAGGCUUCCUGUACGGUAUGAUUUUAAAGGAAAACAUCUACGAAUGGCUGAUGGGUAUCGGUGCUACGGCUCGAGAAUGGCUUCGGGCUAAGAACGACGCCAAAUUCACAGAUCCCUCAUUCGAGGCCGACUUCCUUCCGAAAAUAGUCAGGAGGACAAACGAAAACAUUGCAGGGAAGCUGGAAUACUUCCUCUCUACAGGAAAUCUGGUCAGUCAAACAGGGCUCGAUCAAUCUCAAGUAUCAGGCUAUACAAUCAUGGCCGAGAAGAUCAAUUUCUAUCGAUUCAUCAGUCACUUCCGGUGUAUACAUCGAGGUGCCUUUUUUGCACAGCUAAAGACCACGACAGUACGCAAACUAUUGCCGGAGAGUUGGGGAUUUCUCUGCCCCGUUCACACUCCAGAUGGGGCCCCAUGCGGUCUUCUGAACCAUCUAGCCCACCAGUGCCAAGUCCAAAUCAAGCGGAUUGAUACUUCAGGUAUUGAGAAAGCGGUCGUGCAGCUCGGACUGGCUUCCGUACCUUCAAUGACUGUCAGCGAGAGUAUAUCGGUCCAACUCGAUGGUCGUAUAUUGGGUUACUGCUCUGCAAAGAGGGCGAGGGAAAUUUCCCAGCUUCUCCGACAUUGGAAGGUGAAUGGCCAACACAGCAUUCCGAAUGAAAUGGAAAUCGGCCAUGUUCCUACCUCGAAUGGCGGUCUCUAUCCCGGCUUGUACCUCUUCACUGAUCCGUCGCGGAUGCUACGACCUGUCAAGUACAUUCCGUCAGAUAAACCCGACUACAUUGGUCCGUUUGAGCAGCAGUACAUGAACAUUGCUUGUGUGGACGCGGACAUCAUACCUAGUUUGACAACUCAUAUCGAGUUCAAGCCGACCAAUGUCCUAUCAAUCCUUGCGAACAUGACGCCUUUCUCGGAUUUCAACCAGUCACCUCGAAACAUGUACCAGUGUCAAAUGAGCAAGCAAGCAAUGGGUACUCCUUCGUCCAACAUGAUGUGCCGAACAGACAACAAAGCGUAUCUGCUCCAGACUGGGCAGACGCCGGUCGUAAGACCUCCGUUGUACAACGAGUACGGCCUGGACAACUUCCCCAACGGAAUGAACGCCGUCGUGGCCGUUAUCUCAUACACAGGCUACGACAUGGACGAUGCCAUGAUAAUCAACAAGUCCUCUCACGAACGGGGUUUCGGCGAUGGUGUCAUCUACAAGACCAAAGUGUACAGGCUCAAUGAAGACUCAAGGGCAGCGCGGUCAAAGACCGAAAUCAAGUCUCUCUUUGGCUUCGCAGAAGGCGACCCGAAUAUCUCACCCGAGGCGGUUCAAGCGCUCGAUCCCGACGGCCUGCCCGCCAUUGGGACCAAAGUCGGCGAGGGAUCGAUCGUUCUCGCCUACCACAGUGUCAUGUUCGAUCCGUCCGAAGGCAAGCUGAAGAACCUGGACGGAAACACCAUGUACUUCAAGUACAAGGACGCCGAGGAGGCGUACAUUGACCAAAUCAGACUGAUUGGCGCCGAGACGGGAGACCAGCCCUGCCAGGCGAUCAGUAUCAAGUACCGGAUUCCCCGACGGCCCGUCAUCGGCGACAAGUUCUCGUCGAGGCACGGCCAAAAGGGCGUCUGUUCGAUGCUGUGGCCCAGCGAGGACAUGCCCUACAGCGAAUCAGGCAUCCAACCCGACGUCAUCAUCAACCCGCACGCCUUUCCCUCUCGAAUGACCAUCGGCAUGUUCGUCGAGUCCCUGGCCGGCAAAUCUGGAGCCCUCCACGGCCUCGCGCAGGACUGCACACCCUUCUCGUUCGACGAGGACCAUACGGCGGGUAACUUCUUCGGCGAGCAGCUCCUGCAGGCCGGCUACAACUUCUACGGCAACGAGCCCAUGUACAGCGGCAUCACGGGCAAAGAGUUCGCGGCGGACAUCUACAUCGGCGUCGUCUACUACCAGCGCCUGAGACACAUGGUCAGCGACAAGUUCCAGGUGCGCACGACGGGGCCCGUCAACGCCCUGCACGGCCAGCCCAUCAAGGGACGAGCAAAGGGCGGCGGCAUCCGCGUCGGCGAAAUGGAGCGCGACUCGCUGAUCGCGCACGGCUGCGCGUACCUCCUCCAAGACCGACUCAUGGACUGUAGCGACAAGCAGCGCGCCUGGGUCUGUCGCGCCUGCGGCAGCUUCUUGAGCACCAUGAUGGUGCCGAACCAGUUCACCAUCAAGCGGCGAGGCGGCAGGGUCGAGCCGAGCGGCAUCGUGAGGUGUCGGGCCUGUGCGAGGCCCGCGACGUUUGACGAUGCGAAGAUUACCGUGUGGGAGGACGGGGCGGGAAGGAAGUUUGUCGGUGGUGACGACACGACCGUGGUCAACGUGCCUGGAGUUUUGAGGUAUCUGGAUGUUGAGCUGGCGGCCAUGGGGGUGAGGACGACGUUUGAGAUUGAGGGUUAA